AACAAGCUAGGGAGGGAGUGUGUGUUCAUUGUUCAGCUGAGGAAUUGGAAGUGAAACUCACAUGUAAACUGUCCACGAAAAAAAUACCAUUGCAAAGAAUUGCACUGGAUGGCUGGUUGCUGUACAGCUCUAAAUUCUCUGUGGCGAGAUUUUCGGCUGUCCACAGCAGUUAACGUCGAUUUAUGUGUUUUAUCACCAGUGUGCAGAGAUGGACAUGGACCGUCAAAAGCGCCAGGAGGGCAUUCAGAACGCCCUGGGAUUCAUACAGUCUUCUUUGCCUUAUCCAAAGCCUGAAGGCUAUAAGGGGUUUCUGACCCAGUUGGUGUGUAACUUGCUGGAUGAGGGGAAUGCAAUGUUCAGGGAGGGUGAGUGGCAGCAGGCCAUAAAGGACUUCAGUGAGGGUGUUAACGUGGCCCACUAUGCCCAGGCUGAGUCUCUAGAAAUUCCCUCCGCCCUGCUGGAGAGUCUGUAUUUCAACAGGGCAGCAGCCUACCACAGCAUGGGGGGGUAUGAGCAGGGUGUGCAGGACUGUGACAGUGCGCUGGCGCUGUGCAAAGACAGUUGCAGGGCACUCUACAGGAAGGCUCUAUGCCUGCGGGAGCUGGGCCGCUUCAGAGAGGCCUACAACUGCAGCACGGGCUGCCUGCUCACUACGCCUAACGACAAACAUGUGUAUGAGUUGGCACAGGAGUUAGCUAACAAACUGGGCCUGAAGAUACGCAAAGCCUACAUUAGCACACAGGAGUCGGCCAAAUCUGAGAAAAGUCAUGGGAACUCAGCUCAUUUUGCAGGAGAGAUGUAUGGCAGUGGUCUGGAUUCCUUAAGUGACAUCUCAUCAGUUGGUAUCUCCUGCAAGCCUCUAUCCGCCGCUAUCCCAGUUAGUGAUGAAUCCUCUCCCUCUGGUCCUCUGGUCUACUCCAAACUUCUGGGUAGCCCUGUCCAAGGCCCCCGGCGGCUGCCCAUCUCUGUGCCUGAGUCGGAGAACCUGGGUGACAGUGAGCUGAUGGGAGACGAUCUAGACAGCCUGCUAGACUGUAUUCCCCCCCAACGUGCCUUUCCCAUCAUCCUCCCCAGCUCCGCUUGUGUUCCAUUUCCCUCACGCCUGCCCGCCCCCUCGCCCCGGCUCCCCCCAGCCUUCUUCAACUCAGCCAUCAGCCAGCUCAACUCUCUGGACACAUUCCCAGGCAUGGGUGGGGGGGAUGCCCUGGGUGCUCUGAAAUCUUUAGAUGGCCUUGAUGCACUAGACUCUCUAGAUACUUUAAACAACCUGGACACCCUUUCAGGCCUUGGUGGUGGGGAUGCCCCGGCUCCCACAACAGCACUCUAUUCACUUGAUGCCUUAGAUGCCCUUGACAGUUUCUACCCACUUGGGGGUGCAAUAGCAGCCAAACCAGUGGUGGUGGGGGGAGGGGGGCUGGACUCCCUCUCUGAGUUCAACCUGCCUGGUGCAAGAAUCUCCCACAAUGUUCUCUCUGCAACACGUUCGCCCAAGAAGUCCAACCACACAGUGGUAAAGAAUGGCCAGGUCUCCUCCAAGCUUUCUCAGCUGACCAAGAACCCCCUAGCAGCCACCCAUGACUUCAUGCAGGCCUGUGCCACGUGCUACAGCUGGAUAGGUCCAGGGGUCCUGGACUACCAGCACCAGGCAGAAUUGGCCCACCGUUGUAAGCGGGACAUUCUUCUGUGCAGGAUCAGGGCUGCAGAGCACCCUGUCUGGAACAGGGUGCGACCCCGCCCCACGCACAAUUUUACUGGGCCGUUUGUGCUCUGCAAAGAGGUGCUGGAGACUCAGAAGUGUAAGUAUAGGGAGGGCUGUACGUUUGCCUACUGCCAGGAGGAGGUAGAUGUGUGGACCCUGGAGAGGAAAGGAGCCCUGAACAGAGAGCUGUUGUUUGACCCGCAGAGCCCCAACAAUGACAGGCUCAGCAUCACAUGCCUGCUGCAGCUCCACAACGGCAUGUUCAUGUACCUCUGUGAGGAGUGCUAUGACAGUAAGCCCAGGAUCAUCAGUAAGCACAGUAAGGAGGUGCCAUCCACCUGCUCCAACCCCUGCGCCCGACACCCAUUCGACAAAAACAAGUGCCUGGUGCAUGCGGUGAGGUCCAGCAGCGUGCACUACACUAAGAUCCGCCCGCUGUACACCCAGUGCCAGUUGGACGUGUGCCGCCAUGCCCAGCGCUACGGCUGCCAGCGAGAGGACAGCUGCUCCUUUGCCCACUCUGUCAUAGAGCUCAAGUGCUGGAGGCUGCAGCAAGACUCUGGCAUCACUCAUGAAGAAAUUGUUCAGGAAUCCAAGCGACACUGGCAUAAACAGGAGCAGAUCACGCACAAACCCAAGCCGGUGUACAUGCCACCACCAUCUUCAUCCUCAAGUGGUGGAGGUGGGGGAGGAGGCUAUUGCUUGAACCUGAAGAGGAAGUUUGUUUGUGGUCAGUGCUGGAGGGACGGGCUGGUCAGCGAGCCGGACAAAGCGCUUAAGUACUGUGCAGCCAAGGCCAGGCACAGUUGGUCGAAGGAGCGUCGGGUGCUGUUGGUGAAGUUCUUCGAGGGAAAGAAGUGGGUGAUGGUGCGGACGUUGCCUUUAGCCAAGACCUACCCCCAGCAGUAUGACAUAUGUGCCCAUGUGGUGAAGCAGAAGAAGUGCCACUACAUUGGGAACUGUGCCUUUGCCCACAGUGAAGAGGAGAAGCAAGUAUGGACUUAUAUGAAGAACAAUGGCUUGAAGGAUAUGCAGCAGAUGUACGACAUGUGGCUUACAAUGACGAAUCAAAACCAUCCGCCGGAUGACACCCUGAUCACCCAACCCGUAGAGGAGAAGCAAAUUGUCAUGCCAACCGACUAUGCCGAGCCAAUGAGCGGCUUCCACUGUCGUCUGUGUGGGAGGCAUAGUAACAGCGAGCGCCAGUGGCAGCAGCACAUCUCCUCAGAGAAACACAAGGACCGUGUAUUCAGCUGCGAGGGAGAGGACGAGAGCCUCACCUGGACAUACCGCUUCCCCGGACUCCGUCUCGCCCUUUGUCCCAGGCUGGAGAGUGGCUGUCCUGAGGGGGUGAGCUGUGACUACGCCCACAGUGUUGAGGAGCUGGUGGAAUGGCAGGAGAGGCGAGAAUUCCUGCGGCGGAAGCUGGCCAAGGCCCGUAAAGACAUGCUCAUCAGGCCAGACGAGUUUGACUUUGGGAAGUACAACUUUCUCUUGCAGGACUGAAGCCCCUGUCCCCUAUGUGAGACACUUGCACCUGUAAAUAGACAGCAGUCAUCUGUUUUGUUGAAAACCCUGGGGUGUAUUUUCUUUAUUAGUUAACAGUUAAUACAGUUUAUACCUGUUUGAGCUGGUUAGGACUGCAAGUGCCUUAUUUGUCCAAUAUUUUCAAAAGGGCUUAGCAAAUGAGAUCUUGGGUCCGAAUUGAGUGGGGGAAAAAGUAAUUUAGCACUGCCAUUUAACAAAACAGUACUGACCAAAUAUCUCUAUUAAUAGUCUGUUUAAUCUAUAUAUGUCUUUUUGGGGGAUAUUAAGAAUUAAUUUAUGCUUCUGUUCUGUACAACCCUCAAACUUUCACAACUGUUCUUCCAUCAAAUGAAAACCGAUUUUGCUGGAAGGCAAACGUUAUUCACUUUCACUUUAUUAAUGUGUCUUAUGCCAAUUUAAAGAUGCAAUGUUUAACUUUUUGGGUGACCUGAGAAAAUUCACAUAGAAAUGUUAGUUUCUAUGUGGUCAUUCUCAUUGAAAGAUCUGUUCUAUGUGUCCUAUUUCUAUGCUUAAUGUUCUUAAGUUUAAUUUUUGAUUCUUUUGUUUUUGUACACCAGCUUCAAACAGCUGAAAAUACUAUAUUUUUGGUUAUUGGAAAGAUAUUUCACAACAAUUUAGAUGGUACAAUGAUUCUCUACAUUGCUUGCUUUGUCACCAACUUAAAUUAGGCAAAGUAUUAGAAGUUUAGCAACCAGGAAACGGUGAGUGAUUUCUGCAUAUUGCAUCUUAAAAAAAUUUGCUGCUGCCAUUGUAGACAGACAAAACGUUACAGAAUAUGAUCACACUAAUACAGGGGUACUGCAGGGUGUUCAUGGAAAUAUAAAAAUAUUAUUUUAUUUCAAUGUUUUUAUCAAUAUUGCUAGCAGCAAGUUUCAAUUAAUUUUUAAAUUAGACAUACAAUAUAAAAGAGGAUAAUAUCUUAUUUCUAAUGAUGUCAACUUUAUUUCUCAACUCCUAAUAUUGAGAAAAGGACACUCAAUUGGAGCUAAUUGCACUCACCGGACAGUGUUUCUCCUAUAUUGUUGCCACUGCUCCAAAAAAUAUGAUUCAACAUUUUCGGGCUGGUUAAACAUUUUCAGUGUAAACAUAAACAACUAAAUCAGAUAUAAAGUAUGUAGAAAAUAUAUAAUGAAGCUAUAUAUCUUAAAUAAGAUUCAAUUCUCAAAUUCAAAACAUUUUAUGGAAUUUGAUUUGAAUUCACUCCAAUAGCAUAAGAACAUGUACGGUAAGCCAUGGCAAAAUGUGUAGAAUUUCAGAAAAUUUGCUUUAAAACUGCAGAUUUUCUGUGUGGUCCAGCGGCACGCGUAUAUGCCGGAGUUGGCGUGGGUUUGAAACCGGCCCACUGCCCUUUGAAUCACCCCAUCUUCCCUGUCUUUCACAUUGUACUCUCUUCAAUAAAGCAAACAUUACAAAAGGAAUGGGACUGCCACACUCCUUCAAAAAAAAAGAGACUUCGACUUAAUUUUCUCUCACCCGAUGAUAAAAUGUGUGGAAUUGCAGGAAACUAGCUUUAAAACAGUAACAUUUUCUCUCCGCCUCAUGACAAACAAAAAUUAAAACAUUUGUCUUUGCGGCCAAGAGGAGGGUGUCUACAAUUAGCGGUCGGACUCUACCACGUCUACCACUACUACUGGCUAAAUAGAUUGAGGAUGCUAACUAAGGCCUAACCUGUGGGUAUAUAAUUGACCCAUAAUUUAAUAUCCAAUACAAGAGAGAUUGGAAGUUCCUCAAAUGUGCCUGUAGUAGUAGUUCCUAUCUAGCGUAUAGACUCAAUCUUUUCUUCAGCACACCAUGAGUAUCUGCCCAGUAAAUUUGAAGAUGUCAAUAAAUGUAUCUCCACAUGUAUAGUCCUGCACAUUAAUACAUUAUAUCAAUGUUGGCAAACAAUAAGUAAUAACAUGGUAGUUAAACCUAGUAAAAUAUCAUAUUGAUUUCUAUACCUUAGUUAUUUUUGACCAAAUCAUACUUUGUAUUGUUGGGUUCAGAGUAUGCUUCUGGGUGUGUCAUUCCUGUUUUGCAAGGGCGGUGGCCUAAAAGCUAAGACUGUAAUUCUAAAUAAGGAGAGAGAAGAAUACAUAAUUCAGAGUUGUGCAGAUGAGAGCAUUUAGCCCUAAAAGCUGAAAGAGGCAGUGAAGCAUACCUAGUCUCAGAGCAUUUUGUCUUAUUCUGUAUGUAAAUCCGAGACACGUCAUUUAGUAUGAUAUGUUACGUUUCGUAUGGUAUGUGUUCAUUUGGGGAUUUCCAUCACCUGUACAAUAUGUUACGAAUUAGCAAAACGUAUGGUAUGUUACAAAUUCUAGCUAGGUGUCUGUUAGCUAGGCUCGGGGUUAGAGUUUAGGAGGUAGGCUAAGUAGCUAAAAAGUAGUUCAGAAGUUGCUGAAGUUGUCCAUGAUGCUAGACAUUCAUGUUAUACGCCAACCCAUCCACCUUACUUUAGUUUUUGUCUUAAGUAACCAUCUGUUUUAUGUAACCAUACCAAACGUAACAUACUAAUUUGAGUGUCCCAGAUAUACGUUUACUAUGUUACGUCUAGUCUAUGAGACCAGGCUGGGUGAGGGGUUAACAUGCACACUUUUUGGGGGGGGGUUCUCUUGAAAUAUUGAAAAGUUCUGUAUACAUCACUGGUAAUUGUGUUAGUUCAUAAGCUUUGCACAUGGGAAGUGUGUUUAAUACCAGCUUUAGCUAGUAUAGAGAGGUAAUGGAUACUCUCGGAAUGAACCAAAUGGAAGGUUUAAGUUUGUUACUAAAUACUAUUAUUUCAAUUACAAUUAUUAUGGCUAUAACUAUAAUCUAUAGAGUGGUAUGUUUUCUACCCUGCAAACAAAGUCAGUGAGCUGGAUCCUGUUGAUUUGCCAUAGGCCAGUUUUUUCCAAUCUCUGAACGUUUUGGUUUUUGCCCUGACACUACACAGCUGAUUACAAUGAUCAAAGCUGGAUGAUUAGCUGAUUAUUUGAAUCAGCUGUGUAGUGCUAGGGCAAAAACCAAAACGUGCACCUCUUAGGGUCCCGAGGACCAAGUUUGGGAAACUGCCAUAGGUUUUGUCCUGGAUUAAAUAAUUAUAAUCGAGGAGUGAAUCACAUUGACCUUCAUCACAUCCAUCUAUGUCAUUGAACUGACUGCACCACAAUAUAUCUGCCUAUGUGGUUUGUCAAAUACUUUUUUUCAGGCAGUUUAAUCCUUGCUGGCUGGAAACAGUUAUUGAAACUGAAGUGCCCCCUCUCAAAGCCAUCAAAAUGAAAGUGCACCCUUGUCAAACACUAUUCACACUGCUCUUGUGACCACACUAUAUUUUAUUGUAGCUGCCAUACUGAUUGAACAGAUGGUUAGAGACUGCAGUGUUUGUGCAUUUAAUUUCCAACAUCAUGGAACCUGAGAAAACAAAAAUGAAUUGUUUGAGCUAUUGACCAAAUCUGACAUGUUAAAUAAAACUAUUUUUGAGAGGUAA